GCCAACUGUUUUGCCCACCGACAUUAAAUAUAACUGUGGAGUGCCGCUGAGGAUUCGCGUGUAGUUGCUUCGUUGUCCCCGUCCUCGUCUAACAACGCAAAGAAAAGGAAUCCCACAGAAAGCGAGGAGAUGUGUCGGUCCGUCCUAUUCGCCCUGCUUGGCCUGACAGCCGGACUCGUUAUCGGGUUUCCCACCCAGGAAGAGGAAAACAGUGGCGGAAAACACUGGGUGCUUAUUGUGGCUGGCUCCAACGGCUGGUACAACUACAGGCACCAGGCCGAUGUUUGCCAUGCCUACCAGAUUGUCCACAAGAAUGGCAUCCCCGACGAGCAGAUUGUGGUCAUGAUGUACGAUGAUUUGGCUGAAAAUGAACAGAAUCCUACCCCUGGGAUAGUGAUCAAUAGACCAAAUGGUAGUGAUGUGUACAAGGGAGUUCCUAAAGACUACAUCGGGGAAGAUGUUACCCCAGAAAACUUCCUGGCAGUGCUGAAGGGUGAUGCCUCAAAAGUCAAAGGUGGCUCUGGAAAAGUGCUGAAGAGUGGACCCAAUGAUCAUGUGUUUGUUUACUUCACUGAUCACGGAGCACCUGGUAUUCUGGCAUUUCCCGCAGAUGAGCUCCAUGUUGAAGACCUUCAAGCAGCCAUUAAAUACAUGCACGACAACAAGAAAUACAAAAAGAUGGUGUUCUACAUUGAAGCAUGUGAGUCCGGGUCAAUGAUGAACCACCUGCCUGCUGACAUUGAUGUGUAUGCCACCACAGCAGCCAACGCUGAGGAGUCCUCUUAUGCCUGCUACUAUGAUGAGAAACGGGACACCUACCUGGGUGACUGGUACAGCGUGAAUUGGAUGGAGGACUCUGAUGUGGAGGAUCUGAGAAAAGAAACAUUGCUACAGCAGUUUAAGAUUGUGAAGAACCACACAAACACGAGCCACGUCCAGCAGUACGGAAACAAGACUUUGGCCCACAUGAAAGUUAUACAGUUUCAGGGUAAUCACAAAGCAGACAGUCCAGCUCCGAUGAACCUGCCACCAAUUACAAACCUGGAUCUGACCCCAAGCCCUGACGUUCCUCUGGCCAUCCUGAAGAGGAAGAUGAUGGCCUCCAAUGACAUCAGUGUGGCACGGGGCCUGCUCAUGGAGAUCAGUGCCCACCUCAAGAUCAGGGACGUGAUGGCCAACACUAUGCGCAAAGUGGUCGAGAGAGUCGUCGGCAAUACGAUCAAAGCCAAUGACAUGUUAAACAACAGAGCUGACCUCUCCCAGCAUCAGUGCUACAAGGCGGCAGUGAAGCACUUCAAACACAACUGCUUCAACUGGAGCAAACCUGAGGUAGAGCCACACACUAUGAGUCUUUCAGCUCCUCUUUAACAGACCCGGGACAUCCCAUUGCAUUUUACAGAGUGUCUGUGAUUCAUAUAAAGCCAUUAAAAAAUGAGUCACCAUUGUGGCCACAUUUCAAGCUUACAGUAGAAUCUCGUUCUCAUGCCUAGACUCUGGUUCUCCUUGUAAAG